CGCAGCAGUUCCUGAAGCCAACGUUAGCUCUUCCUGCAGUGCUAUGAGUUGAGGAAGACUGAAGUGCUGGGAAUGCAGCCACCGCUCCCACCUGAGGCAGUCAGAGAGCUGGUGUGCUCCUGUCUGCACAGAGACCCGGUCGCAGCAGACCUCCGCUGCAGCCUGUUUGUUGCUGCUGCACAGAACUACAAGAGGGACUCCUUGCUCAGACCUUUCCCUCCUAGAUACAUAAGUGGGGACAAUAAGGACUUUGAGGAGCUGUUAGCAGAUGUGCACUCUCUGCCUGGUGUGAGGGAACUGGUGAGACUACGGCCCAGAGAGGGAGAUCAUCAUCUGGCUCUCACACACUGGAUCCUCUCUUCAAAGAGCUUCGCUGUGAAAACACUACAGAAAGAAGAGUAUGCCAAACUUUGUGACUUGACGCAAAAUGAAGGGAUCUCUGCGCCUGUGCCAGACUUCCUGUUUGAGCUGGAGUACUGCGAUCAGAUGAACGCCAGGUUCGAGAAGACGAGGGAAGGCAGAGACGUCUUUUAUGCAUUCCAUGGGAGCCGCCUAGAAAACUUUCACUCUAUCAUUCACAAUGGGCUGCACUGUCACCUCAACAAGAAUUCAGUGUUUGGAGAGGGGACCUACCUCACCAGUGACCUCAGCAUGGCUGUCCUCUACAGUCCUCACAGCAGUGGCUGGCGAGAAAGUCUCCUGGGUCCACUGCUCAGCUGCGUUGCCUUGUGUGAAGUCAUCGAUCACCCAGAUGUAAAGUGCCAGGUGAAGAAAAAAGAUUCUGAAAUCAUUGACCGUCAGCGCUCAAGAGCAAAGAACAGCGAAGGGGGAGACGUCCCGCAGAAGUACUUUGUAGUUACCAACAAUCAGCUUUUGCGAGUCAAGUACCUGCUUGUUUACUCUCAAAGGAGGCACCUUUCCAGACGUUCCCGCAGCACCUCCUGGCUCCUCAGACACCAUUUUGCCAUCAUGAUGAGUCUCUACCUUCUGCUGCUCAUAUUCAUCGGUGCCUUCAACUCCACCACCUUCGUAUCCUUUUGGAACAGACUGUUCAGGUGACGACACAACCAGACAAAUGGCCUAGAUGUGUGUGAUCCACAGUGCCUUCCUGAUCGGAGACUGACUGGAGGCCUGAGCAAAGAUAAAGUCUUAUGCACCUUUAUACUGUUUCCUCUCUGCAAUCCUUCUUUAUUUGUGCAAAUAACUUUAGUUACUGUUAUUCCAAGAUAACAUAUCUUUUCAAAUAUUGGGAUCAUGUUGUGUUUCAAUUUUGUUGAAAUGGGUGAUAAGGCCAUUCUGCAUUUUGACAAUGUUAUGCAAUGUUAUGUUUGUAAUUUGUUUGGUUUAGUAAACAUCCUGUUUUUUUUUUUAGAUAUGUUCUGUUGCUGUGUGGUUUUAGUUAUCUGAGGACACAGUCUUACUAACAAAGGGUUAAAAGAAAAAGCAUCUUGUUUAAAUUACUGCACAGCGACAAGUCAAGCAUUAAGAUGUUUUUUUGGUUUGUUAGGGCUGAAGUACAGAGGAUUAUCAGUGCAUUAAAGCUGGGGUAGGCAGUUUUUUUGCAUGACUGGGCAAAAAUCCCAUAAUAACCUUUCAGCAUAUUGUAAAUCAACUGGUCUGAGAGAACACUGGGCCUCUGCACCUCCUCUUGGCUCUGUCUUCUGGCUUUAGAAAAUGUAGCCUGUGACGUGAGACUUCAGCCAAUCACAGGUCAUCUCAGAGAGAGGGUGUUCCUAUUGGCUGUUCUUCAAAUGCAGAUGUGCCUGCAUGUUCCUUCAGAUGGUGAGAGUCUGAUUCAGAGGUGGAAAAUCAUGCAGAACAAGAUGCUAUUCCAGCGAACAUUGUAAAGCAGCCCAUAAAAGGAAGAUGGAUUUAUCAAAAAGGGGGUCUGACAGUAAACCACAUGUCAGUAUCAGCGAAGCGUUUCAAAGAUGAAUGGAAAAUGUUGCCAAUAGUUUAGCCUUUUGCUAACCAUAACCAAAGUUUCACAGCUGUUGCUAAUUAUAAGUUCAUGUAGGGCUGUCCCUGACUCAGAAUUAUGUCAGUCGAAUCAGAUUCGGCCAUUUAGUAUGAAUAUUGGAUGACUUUUUCAUCUUUCUUUUUUUUUUCAUUUUUCAAGUUUGAAUGGGACUUAGCCGGAGGUUCAGUUUGACAGCGGCAUUUAUGUAAUAUAGUAAUCAAGCUAACAGCACUAACAAUGGAACAGAAAUGUGCAGCAACAUUUUUUACCGACACUAGAUAUCAAACAAAAGCCAGAGACUGUGUCGUAUUAAGUAUCUGUGAGCUGUAAAUUCACCAUUUCUAAGCAGAAGAGAGAAGAGAAUGUUAAAGUUUCUCCUCCUUUGUGUCACUGCAUCAUCGCCGCAGCUGACUGUACCAAAAAGUAGCAUGAAAGUCCAGAGAGCUCACUCCACAGCAAAAUCUGGGGGGUAAAAUGUCUCAAAAAGUACACUGCAUAGCACACUAAAUAGCAAUAAAAAAGACUGCUUGACUUGAAGCUAUCUCAGUCGACUGAGGGGUCUCCGACUGAUUAUUCGAAUCUCCCACUUUCAAGGGGCAGCCCUAAGUUCAUGUUUCAAAUCACAGUAUAUCAUCUCAUCCCACAGGAUGCUAGUUCUCAUAGAAAUGCUGCAGCCCAGUCGUCAGAAGAAAAUGUUGCCAUUGUACAUUUCUGAAAACCACGAAUGUUCUUACGCAUCACGUCAGCAUUUGUAAAGUGACGUAGUACAUGAGCUAAUUUUAUCAUUGGUAAAGGGUUGGUGUGAUGCCUAAGGGAGAUGCCUGCCAAGCUACAGACAACUGGUUGUGACCUACUGAGUCAUUGCAACCAGAGCGUUUGUUUUUUUUUAGGUACGAUUUUUCUUUUUUUUUUUCUUUUUUUUACUGUGACAUUGCUGCUUUCUCCUGCUGGGAUUGUGCCCCUGAGCUGGGUAUUUUCAGCCCAAACCUGAUCUUUUCCUGACUGAAACCUGACCAAAGUGUUUUUUGUGCCUACACCUAACCACAUGUUAACCACAGCGUUGUUGAAACAUGAAGUUUCGUGCAAAUGUAACAUAUUUUUGGUUUAAAAAAACGUUCAAUGCCAACAUUUUUUCUGGCAGUUGGGUCGAUGCUGCUAUCACAAUCAGGAUGACUGAAAUGAAUGAAUAGUUCUCGUAGUACAAGUUGCUUUCCGAAGCGUGUGCAUAUACCUGUAAUUGUCUGGUGGGAGGGACUCAGGAUAGAGAGGGAAGAGCUGCAGGAGGAGGGUGUGUUUUCACAUUCUGGCAUUUCUUUUGUUUGUUUGUUAUUUGCUUUUUCGAGAAAACUGCCUCUCCCAUCUUUAACUGAUCACAUUGACUCAUUCUCACAUCGCCUGACAAGCAGGCACUACUGACAAUGUCUCAAUUUAAACUCUUACUUUUUAAUGUUAUGAUUUUGAGUCAAUCAGUCAUGGGUAGGGACCUUUUAUAACUCAUGAUUUAAGUGUAACUUUAAGGUUUUGAUUUUAACGGUUACAUUCAAUAAAGGAGAACUAUAUGAGGUUGUUGUGCUGACGUAAUGUAUUUAUAAGGACGGAUCACAGAAAGGCCGAUGACGACCUCAUGAUAUGCUCCUAUAUCCUGAUAUUAGUAAAGGAAAUAAACUGUACAUCCACAGGUUCUGAAAAUUUAUUACAAUUUUUGACACUAAUAAAAUUAUACUUUGAUU